AAGUGAUUUGUUAGGCUGUCUUGCAUGACGCACUGAACUCUGACCCCAAAAAUCAACCCUUAUCUAUGUUUGUUUAACGAGUCUCUCUAAAUCCCUUACGAAUAUCUGUACAGUUUAAAUAAUUUUGAGAGGACGCCGGGUGGUUUCGAGUGUUUUUCGGAGAGUUGAUGUCGAGGGUGGAAAGUGUGGACCAUUUCUAGCAUCAAUUUACCCCCUGGAUUACGACUGAACCAACAUAUGUAACCGGUUUAAAGAUGUUGGCCUGAAUGGUGUCUUAAAUAUGGAAUAUAUUAUCAAAGUGUUGUUAAUUCUUUCAACACUAUCUACGAGUUGCUGUUUCUCAAAAAUACUUCGAGACGUAAAUAUUUGCGGAAAUCCUGUCUGCAAGGGACCAGUUAAGUUCGGAUUUCACAACUGGACUUCGUACAAGUACGCGUACAAAAUAUCAACAAGCACGAGAUUUGAUGGCACUGGAUCAAACUCUUCUAAUUUAAACAUAGCUGCUGUCAUUGAAAUAAAGUUCAAGUCUCAAUGUGAAGGCAUCCUUGAAAUUGCAAGUGCUGAAAUAUCACAUGGUGCUGAUGAAAUUAUUACAAAAAACUAUGAAGAAAACAGAAUAUUCAAUUCUGCAUUAACUGAGAAUCCUUUAAGGUUUUUCUUUGAAGAUGGCACAAUAUCGCAGAUAUGUCCAUCGAAAAGAGAAUCAGUUUGGGGUCUCAACAUCAAACGAGGAAUUUUGUCGUCAUUUCAGAACACGAUGGAAAGGUUUGAUUUAGACCAGCAUUCGUUAGAGCGAGAUGUUAAUGGUGACUGCUUGGUCGAGUAUCUCUUUAAGGAAGUUAACGGGACGACAUUGAUCGUAAAAAAAAAUAUCGAUCUGCUGUCGUGUGUAAAUAGGCAUCAAAUAUAUUCCAUAAUACCUUUGACACCAUAUAUAUUUCAAAAGAAAUACCACAAAUGGACACCCAUGAACUCGUUUGUUCGUUGUACCCAGCAUAUUGACCACAAAGUGCACACUGCGAUAUAUUGUGAAGAAGAGCAUGCUUACCAACCUUUCUACAAUCAAACCAAUGGCGCAAAAACGGUAUCAAAAAGUGAAAUUAUUCAAUUGUCAGAAGAUAAGCUCUCUUUCACAGAAACAAGCAGUAUCAAAGAAUUGGGUGAGGUUGAAUCUAGGAGAAAUUUGUUAUUCGACCAUAGUAGGCCAAAAAGAGCAACCCAUGACAACUUAUAUGAAUGCAAGAAGCAAAUAACUUUUCUAUGUGAACUUCACACAGUCGAGUUUCAGCCAAAAUAUCCCGAUUCUUUUAACAGGCUUAUACACAUUGCAAGGGACUUGUCGACCGAUGCACUUACAAAAUUAUACAAAGAUGCUGACAAAGUAUGCGAAACGGGAAGGAAACACAUGCUUGAUGCUCUCCCGUACAUCAGGAGCAAAGCAUCGAUAAAAGUGAUGACAGCGGCAGUUGUAAAUAGGGAAAUCCCAAGUAAUACUGUUAAUGAAUGGAUGCUUGCCAUGGCCUUCUAUCCAAGACCAGAUUAUGACAUUAUCGAGUCUGUUUCUGAACUAAUGCAGCGCGAUUACAUGGACAAUCAAACCAUGUUCUCUAUUUCUACAAUCGUAAAUGGAUUCUGCACCGCUCACGAAAAAUGCGGCAGUUAUCCAUAUGUGUCCGGUAUUGUUCAAAAGCUGGAAUCAAUGUUUAAUAAGUCUUGUACAAAUUUGGAUGAUGUUACAAAGGCAAAUAUUGCGCUUAAGUCAAUUGGAAAUGCUGGUGUGAUGACAGAAACACUUGAGCGAAGCUUGAAAACGUGCAUGAUGAACGAUCAACUUGACCUUGAAAACAGAAUAUCAGCAAUUUCUGCUCAUAGACGGCUGCCUUGUGGAACAAAUUUAAAGUAUCUCUUAAAAUUAUAUCAAAACCAAACAAACACGGAAGAAGUAAGGAUUGCCGCUUACUUACAACUUAUAAGAUGCCCAUCUUAUAUCAUCUUGAAAGAAAUCAGGAAUAUUUUAGAAGAUGAAGAAUACAAUCAAGUUGGUUCAUUUGUAUGGAGUCAUUUGAAGAAUCAGAUGAAGUCUGCUCAAGCGAGCAGAGUCGAAAUCCAAGCCAUGCUUCAAGAUGAAGAACUAUCAGAUAAAUUCAACAAAGAUAUUCGACAAUAUUCUCACAGUUACGAGACAUCAUUUUACCUCAAUAGGUUCGGUUUAGGUGGAUUUUAUGAAACGCAUAUAAUUUUUUCUCAUAAAUCUUAUAUACCAAGGAGUUUGAUGUUUAACUUUACAUUAGACAUUUUUGGAGAAAGCAUUAACGUUUAUGAGAUUACUUUCCACAUUGAAGGACUAGAGUGGUAUGCGGAAAAACUAUUUUAUGCUGAUGGGCCGUUUAGUAAAGAUGCGAUGGAUAAAUUCGUGAAGCUGUUUCGUUUUGUCAGAAGCACGCCAAAUCCUUUGAAAAGUCUUAUUAAUAGCAUUCCAUUCAAAAAAAUAUUAGAUGAGAUAAAGAUAACUACAUCAAUUAAGAUGUUUGGCAAUGAACUGAAAUAUUACACGGUCCAAGGUACCGAUGAAUUUUUGAAACUGCUCUCACUCUUGAACCCGGUGAAAGUAAUCGAAGACUUUUUAAGUGGACAGGAAAUCAAAUUUGAUCGAUCUGCGAUGCUCAUAGACACUUCGUACAUAACUCCCAUGUCCACUGGUAUUCCGGUAAAAUUGAACACGAUUGGGACUGCAGCGAUAAAUUUAAAUGUCCGAGGUUAUAUGAAUUCUUCUAAUUACAAAGCGAAUAAUGAUUUGGAAUUAAAUGGAAAGCUUACUCCUAGUAUUGGUGUGAAUAUAGAGGGAUCGAUGGAAGUUGAUGCCUUUAUUUCACAAACUGGUGUGAAAUUCAAAGCGAGCGUCUUCACUUCGUCUGCUUUAGAAGGGGUGUUCACCAUGAAUUCCCUCGAUUUGAUAAGAGUUUCAUUUUAUUUACCAUUACAAAAAUCUGAAAUAUUUCAUGCUGAGACUCUUUUGAUGCUUGUGAAUAAUAACAAAGAGAUAAUUUUAAAUGGUGUGACAGCUGGGCGCAAAGAGAAAAACUUUUGCUCAUGGUCUAUUCUCGAUGAUACUGUAGGAUUAAAAUUAUGUGCAACAACUGUUUUGCCCAAUUCAACAUAUUUAUUGGAAUCCCCUCUAUUUUUGUUUAGUGGUCCACUUAAAUUUGCUGUUUCACUGAUCAAAUCAGAUCCUACAGCAAAUACAUAUAUUGUUGAAUACAAACUAGAUCGGCAAGCAAAUAAAACCUUGAUUGUAUUAAAAUUUGAAACACCAGGAUCAAAAACAAACAGAGGGAUGAAAGCAGUAAUUGAUUUGGAUAUACAAAGCCAAAACUUAACGCUUGCGUAUCAAUCCAGUCUAACUAAGGUUGAAGCUAGAGGCUUUUACAGAAAUACAAAAACUGACAAACUUGUUAAUUUCGGUUUAGUUAUCAAUGGUAAAAAACAUAUCGACAUACAUGUCGGAGUACAAAUAAUUGAAGGAAAGUAUGGUAACACAUAUCUUCCCAAAUUGCAAUUUUCUAUUAAUGGUAAAUCAAUUACUUCACUGUCUGGUUCGAUAAAGUGGAUAUCUAAGAAGGGAGUUUCUCAGUGCCAUGUCGAUCUCAACUUCAACACAAGUCGAUUUACCAUCGCUAUUAAUGGUGGCACAAGGCGCACUGACAUUUCAUUUGCUGUCGAAUUUAAAUUGGAUUAUAAAUUUGAAGGAAGACAAUUCGAAACAGUUCGGAUUGAACUUAAAAUAGACAAUAAAUCAACUAAAUUUCUCACUCACUACAAAGGCAGGUUAAAACUGGAUUCUACGGCUUAUCCUGAAGUUAAUAUGAUCACUUCUUUAAGAUACCAGAAAGCACACAACCACGUUGAUUGUUUCAUUGAAGUCACCUCAGACCCUUCGGUUGCAAAAGAAGACGAACUAUUAAUGGUGUUGCAUUAUCAAAAGCUUAAUGUUUUCAGCUUUAGUAAGAUGAAUAUAUCAACAUCUAUAGUGAAACCAAGUAGUGAGAUUAAUGUUAAACUGCAGUUUUCUCAGACUGCCUCACCUUCAAACUCGUCCAAAGAAGUUAUUGUACAAUAUGCAACAGGAAAAUCUCUAAUAAUUAAUUUGGAUGUUAAUAUUCCUUUGGGUACUCUGCUUUACUUUGAUUACAAGUUGGGAGUGACCCUUCCUACAGGGGGCGAAAAAAUGCUUGUCAUUUUGAAAGUUCUUGAAAAAAUGUUAAAUGAAUUCGAUUUAGAUAUUUUUGGAAGGUGGUUUAGCGGUCAUACUAUAAAUAUGAAAGGGUCUUAUAUGGACAAAACUACAAAUCUUGUAACAAAUCACAAUUUUAAAGUUUUGGCGAGAUCGGAUCUUUUCAACGACAUUUUGCUCAUUGGACGCUACUUGGACAGUGAAAUGGAUUAUAAAACAGAUUUGCAGGCAGAACACAACAAAAUAAAGUAUGGCUUAAGUAUUAAUCACUCGAUCAAAAGCCCUGGUUAUUAUCAGUCUAUUGUGGAGUUAUUGUAUAACCGCAUGUCGUACACUUUGACCAGUUAUUUGGACUCGAUAAAUAAGAAGGCAAAUAUAGAACUUCAUUUAGACAGAUAUCGAGAUGUCCAUUUAGUAUUUCGUGGAGUAUCAAAUAAAACUAUGGUCGACAGUGCACUAGAUCUGAAAUGGGAUGCGAAUCGAGACCCAUCACAGAAAAUAACCGCAAGUGUUUUGUCGAACUCGUACGGCAAUUUGAACUACGAUGGUAAAUGCAUCAUUGAAUACCCUGGGAGAAUUAUAAACUCAUUCUUCAUGAUGAAACACAACAGAGAAGACUACAUUUUAACCGGAAGUGUACAUUGGAGUAUAAAAGACACGAUAAAAUUAUAUCUACACGGUUUUUAUGACUUGCCUAAGAAUGGUAUUGCAAAACUUAAUGGGAAAUUGGAAACUCCAUUUAAAAAAUGGGAACAACUUACACUGGGUUAUCAGAUACAGUUAGAAAAGCAGAAGUUGAAUUCGAAUGGAAAUGUUAUGUGGCAAAAAAAUGAGAGAGUUGACAUUGAAGUGUCUUAUAAUUAUGGCUUUGACGAAUUAUCUUCUGUGCUGUCAUUUUUAAGUGUGCUGAAUAGCACAAUCCCUGAAGUGAAUUCAAUGCAAGCAGUUAUCCGAUAUAGUUCGUAUCCAAAUGAUUUCAAUACAGGUCUAAUAAUUCAGACCAAUUCAAGCAAUAUUGUAUCAUUAGCAGCCAGUGGGAGUGUGAUGAAUGUGCCACAUCAUUUACAGUAUAACGGUUCUUUUCAUGUAGAAACACCUUUCGCACUUCUGAGAAAGACGGGCAUGACGGGGGAAUUAAACGUUUAUCCUCACAAUUUCGUUGCCAAUCUUCGUAUUAUUGGUAAUGGUAAAAAGUACAUAACACGUGCAACAGGUUCUAUGAGAGUUCUUACUGAAAGCGUUCUUAAUUUUCAUAUUGAGACACCGUUUGAAAAGUACAAAUCCAUUCUUGGCAAAUUUGCUUUUUCUGCUUCGAACAAAACCGGUUUAGCCAACCUUUUUAUAAGUUCCACGCCUGCUCUCGAGUCUGAGAUUAUUUAUUUUUACCAGUCAACUUCCAAUUUCAAUCUAAGGCUCAAAAUUUACACAUCACUGAGUGCUAAGCACCGCUUGCUGCUAGUCGGAAAAAUCAAUCCUGACACUGUCGAUGCACGUUUUAUUUUAAAUUCUUUUGAGCUUGGUCUCUUGGGAAGAUCCCACUACACGUCUUGGAAGGACAUCGAUUAUAGUCUUAAAAUUUACACUCCUAUCGAUGGAUAUCAUAGAGGUGCUGCAAUGGCUAAAAUGAUUUUAGAAGGAAAAGUGGAUUUUGAGGCCUCAGUUAGUUUGGCUGAGAGGAAGGUGGGAUUGAAAGUUCAGGCGAUGCUCAGACCAGAAGAUAAAUUUGCCUUGCCAUUUGUUCCGCCGAAAAAAGGAAACGACACAACUGAAGAAGAAGAACCAAUUAUCCCUUUAAUCACACUUGAAGAAAUUUACAUGGGUGACAGUUAUUGGAGAGGCGUUUUCCAAUUGGACACGCCCAUGUAUCCAACUGUCCACGGAAUAAUGCAAAUAAAUGAAGAUGGGGAUGAUUAUAAUGUCAUUGCAUAUGUCAGCUUUCCAUUUUUGCAGUUAAGGAUGGCGGACGACUUUACAUUUGUGGAUUAUUUGAAUAUCAAAAACAAUUUUGAUGUGACAACAUCUUGCUACUGUUUCUCGGCGGCCAACAGUUCUUUUUCGCUACAGGGUAAAAUAGGUAGAACCCUUGAUUUAAACUUGGAUGCAAAUGCCCAUUCUUAUGAAAACUUUUAUACGGGUUUUUCAAAGUUGGCAUGCGAAUACGUUGCUGACAACCUAGAGGAGAAUAGCGAAAGCAACGAAGGAACGUACCGAAUUGGGCUUGAAGUUGAGACACCUUUGUCAUUUUUAAAACGUACAUUAAUGAAUGGAAAAUUAAAAAUAGAAAACCCUUUAUACACUGCGAAUGUUACAUUCGAAAUGAAUAACAAUUUGGUUGUUUUAAACGGAGAACUAGAGAUUGCCAAUGAUUAUUUUGAAAGUGAUGUUGAGUUGAAAAUAAAUACAUCAUUGUUCAACCUUCCUUGGUGUACAAUUUAUCUAAACAAGGAUUUUAUCGAAUUAGAGAGGAAAAUGAUUAUAAAGAUCGGUCUACCAAAUGAAAAAGGGACAUCAAUUGUACAUUAUGGGAUACGGGUCGGUUGGCUUCAUGAUGCGCCAUCGUAUAUGAAAUAUGCUAUAAUUAUUACAACGCCGUAUCCUACAAUUGGUGUUGUCGAAAGUGGCGUUGAGUAUUCUGGAAAUAUCCGACCUGAAGAGUAUAGACUUGAAACAUAUUUAAGAUACACAAACAAAACUGAAAUGAAAGCCCUUGCUAUUAUUAAAAAACAGACAUUUUCUGUCAAAAUCGACUCAACUUUUAAUUCAUACAGGAAAAUCAAUAUUGGUGGGAAUUUUAAAAAUGAGAAAGGUGGAAAAUCUUUUGAAACAACUUUCAAAGCGGAUAAAACGUAUAGGCUGCAGGGUUUUUUAAGUCUAAACAAAAAUAGCCCAAUAAAAAUUGAAUUGCUCUUUUACCAAUUACCAACCCACAUUGAAUUUGUGAGUUUCAAAUUAAAUUCCGAGGAAAAAAAGAAUAGACGUUUUAUCACCGCCAUAAUCAAGAUCCAAGAGAAAUUAAUUAACGUCUAUUGUGAUUAUGGUUUUCUACAACAAAUCGGCAUAAAUGUCAACUUUUUGGUGAACUCUCAGUUUGAAGGAUAUGAAGCGUUGAGUUUGAAUGGAGUUUUUCUGAACAAGGAACACGACCUAACGAUAUACAAAAUAAAUACAAACGUCAAAUCCCAAUUGAUCACCAGAGAAAUUAAAAUAAAAGGAGAUGUGUUGUUAAAAGAUAAAGGAGGAAUAUUUAGAAUAAAUCUUAAUAGUGAAAGUUUUCACGGAGAUGCCAAUCUUCAAUGGAUGAUUGUCUGGUUUGAACUUCUCUCGUUUGACAUCACGGGCAAAGGGAAGUUUGGAGAUGCCUCAAAGGAGUUAAUAUCCCACGUUCAUUUUUGGAAUGUCGACAAUGAUUUCCAGGAAACUUCAUUCAGUGUCAACAUUGAUUUUAACAAAAGGGAUUGGUGGUUAUGCACAAAUGCCACUUUAUUAUGGCCAUCUUGGAACAAUCUUCGUUUCAUGUCGUUUGCCGUUCUACCUCAUAAAAUGAACGUGACACACACAGUUUUGAGCAAAUUAUUUUACAAUAGAGAUUAUUCCUAUAUUACUUACAUUGUUAAGUAUAUAAAAGAACCGAACCAGUUUGAUUUUAUUUCGAUGAGUGAGGUGGUAUUAAAAAAAGAUUUGUCAACUGGAGUGGUUUUAUUAAAAACCGGAAAACACAGGAUUUUCGAUAAUUUCAAACUGAAGAAGGUCAACAAUGUUUAUGAUAUUCAUAACAUACUUCAAUCUACAAAUAUGAAAGAGGAUCUAUCGCUUGAUAUCAAUUACCAAGAUCUAAUGCCUAAAAAACUUGUAAGAUUGUUUGUCUAUUAUCCAUGGCCACAUUCCAUUGUAAAUUCAGAUGUCGAUUUUGAAGCGAUCAAUAACUUCAAAGCUGAAAUGAACUUUUCUACGGUUUUUAAAGCAUUCCCCCAUGUAAAUGCUUUGGUUAAUUUAAUAACCACCAGGCCCUUCUAUCAAAGAUUUGGUCAAAUUAAAUGGACAAAUAAAACUGCACUUAUGAAUUACACACAUGUUUCCCAGUUGGAGAAAGAAAUACAAUUAACAGAAGGUAACGUUUUCCUUGUGAUACCACUCACAACCGUGCAUUACGGCCAUCUCAACUAUAUAUACAACAGCACCGAAACCAAGGCUGACGGCUAUUCAAAGUUACUGUACAAUAAUGAUAUCAUCAUGAGUGGUACAUACAUCAGAAACUCGAAAUUUACUAAGUACAGUUCCAACGAUUUAAUCGAAAUCUCGGUUAACAACAGUUAUGCCCCAGCAGGGAUAAUAUAUGGACAUAACAACAGUAGACAAUACCCCCUUCAGGAUAUUAGACGGAUUGAACUAUUUAAAUUGAAUAACAAAUCAAGAUUUCAUGUAACGGGAGAGUACGAAGUAGUUCGACACAAGAAUAAUAAGCUAGUCACAGUUAGAGGUUUUAACAAACAGCGAAUGGUGACUGUUCAAACUUUUUCUGAAGGUGACACAAUAUAUAUUUCAAAUGCAAACUUUUCUUUAAAACCUAAUGUGUGGUUUGGCUCUGGUUUUAAAAUAAUUAACAAGGAACACAUCCAAGGAAAACAAAUGGAAUUCAACAUAUCAUUUCCACGGCGGCAUUUUGCGAUAAUCGGGGAUUACGAGUGGACAAACAUGGAUUUCAAAAUGGCUCUGACACUUGAACCGAAUAAAUUCAGUUUUGCAAAAAAUGUAACUGGUAACUUACACUGGCAUAAGAUACCAAGCCAAAAUGCCAAUGAUUUGUUGAUAACCAUUAAACACGCUUCAUUUCUCAAGGACAUUAUAUUUCAUGGGUAUCUAUCCAAAAACAGAAGUACUCCAUUAGUGGUAACUCUUACUGCUGAAUACUCCAUGGAUCCUAAGAAAAAACUCAAUGUCAAUGGAAUCAUAUUGAAUUUGAGUAAAACUCCGAAAGUAUUUUAUCAACUAAAUUUACAAGGAAGUCAUCCGGCAUCAAGAUUCAGGAUUUAUGGAUCAGGAUAUUUUAAAGCACGAGAUCAAGUUAUAGAAUUCAAUAAAAAUAUAACAUACAAAAGAGGAUAUUCACCGUUAAAAUUCUGGUAUACCAAUGGUAAAAUGUCAACAAAGCAGAAAUAUGUUGAAUUUGAGAGGCAUUCUCUGCUAGAAAUGACAUAUUUAAAAGGAAAAUAUGGAAAAUUUAAAAACAAGUAUUAUCUUAAUUGUACAUUCGCCAAUGGAGAGACAACAAGAAUCACAUCAGAUUUUUACGUCGAUCUUGGAAAUUAUCAGACCGCUUUGACAGUCAACUUCACCCCAAAUGCUAGUGAACAGUUGUUGAUGGAUGGUUGGUACAGAGAUCAAAGGCAUGCUCAACUGAGAGUGUGGAGGACAUACGAGGAUUUUGAAAUCAGCGAUGUCAUUUGCUUGACGAGAUUAAACCAUUCACGGAUGUUGACAUCUCUCCUGAUCUGGAGGCCUGAUAUAAAGGAAGAUUUAAAAGAUUUUGUUCAGACAACGUCGAAUGAUAUUUGGGAGUACUCAGUUAGCACGGCGAAUUUUUGGACAAAUUACAUAAAAUCGGAAGCAAUCGAAACUAUAACUGAUAUUUGGUUGGAUGCAAAACCAAUUGUACAAGAUUUCUUGGAAGAUGUGAGGGAUGUGAAAAAUUUGGAAGAUGACAUCGAUUGGAUAAAAGACAUUUUCAAUGAUGCGUAUUACAACAAUGAAUUUUACAUGAAAGACAUAUACAACAUGUAUCAAGUGCUUGCAGAAGAAAUUGCUUUCAGGGAAAAAAUGGCUCAUGUACCAAAACUCGUAAAUGAACUUUGGGAAGUGAUGGGUGAGACUGGAGAAACGAUGCGAAAAUCAAUUCUCUGGCUGGUUGAAACUAUUAAAAAUGCAUAUGAGAAAACUGUCGAUUUUCUCAAGGGAAUUGUGACUGGUGAGAGUUUUGAUCAGAUGUCUCUAUUUAUAAGAGAACUCAUUGGAAAAUAUGACGACAUUAUCAAGGAUAUGCAUAUAUCUUUCUCACAUUAUAUGGAAGAAUUAUGGGCCCAAGUCACAGAUUUUAUGACACAUUAUAUGGCAAAGAGCAUAAUGUCAAUUGAACCUAGUUUCAUUCAGUUUGUCCAUAAUAUUGAAUCUGUGUUUUGGGACAGCAGUAAAAAAGUGUUAGAGUUUCUGUACGAAAAGCAAACGGAGCUCUUGAAAAAUCCAGUUUUCAACCAAAAAUUUAGUUUCACAAAGGAUUUGGACGCUUUCUACGAGGAUUUAACUAAAUACGACUUUUUGACAAAUUUGAAAAAAUACGUGACAAUUUUGUAUAACGUCAUCACAAAGAAAUAUGUCACGAUGGUGCCAUUCGGUAAGGAAUUGAAUGAAAUCGGAUCUGAAAUUGUUGGAGGAAUGUCUGAGUUGAAAAAACUUCCAUUUGUUACGUUCACAUUGGAUUUGCUGAGAGACAUGUACAGUCAGGCUGAAUGGUUAUAUAAUUAUUUAAAUUUGAACGACAAAUUAGAAAGUUUACUGCCAAUAUUGUACCACACAGUUCGUGAUUUAAUGAAUACCGCACUGGAUAAUGAAAUCAUAAAUCAUGCUGCAAGGACGAUAUUUAUUUUUGAGCCAGAUAGAGGGCGAAUUGUACUUAAGCAAACUCUACCUAUUCCAUGGCAUGCAUUCAAUGAAACACCUAAUUAUGCGGAAAUUCCCGAGUAUAAAAUGAUAAGCAAAAUCCAAAAGUUUUUAUCACCAAAAAAUAAAACAUUUUGGUCUUAUUACUAUAAAUAUGCACCCAUCUUCCAAUCUGAUAUGUGGUUUCCACCUUUUGACACACAAGCUCUGAUUAUUGGUAAUCGGUAUAUCAUGACAUUUGAUAAAGUUAGCUACCAGUUUUCUCCUCAAUGCUCAUACCUCCUAGCAAACGACUUUAUGAAGGGAACGUUUUCGUUAAUUUUGAGAUAUGUCAGCCCAAAGAAAUACCUCAUUUCAAUUUUAGUACACAAUAAAGUGAUUAACGUCGACCUCUUGAAAAAUCAAUUAGAAGUUGAGGGCGAAAAAGUUUUGCAUUUACCAUUCCAGUUAAAUGACACUUUUAUUAGCGCUCAGGAAGGUCUAGCAGUGAUAGAAAGCAAAAAUGGUUUUACAUUGAAAUGUAAUUUUAAAUAUGACGUAUGUGGGUUUAAAAUUUCAGGGUGGUAUUUUGGAAAAACUGCAGGCCUUUUGGGGACAGUAGACAAUGAGGCAAAAACGGACUAUUUGACAUCGUACGGAUACUUAGAUUCGAAUGUAACGUCUUUCGUAAAAAGCUGGGGCCUUGGGACUUGCCAUCCUGAAAAUGAAAGAAGUGUUGGCAGAUUAUCUCCUGCAAACAGUGAACACUGUAACAGUCUAUUUACAACUAAAAUAUCUUCAUUCGCACCUUGCUUUUCUGUCAUAAAUCCGUUGCCCUUCAAUGAAAUGUGUCUCAAGAGUAUUCCGAGCGUGUUCGACGAUGAAAUAUGCUCUGCAGCCUAUGCCUACAUUGAAGCGUGCAAAAAUGAAUUUAUCCCAUUGAAAAUUCCGCAAUUUUGUGUCGAGUGUUCGAUAAAUGACAUUAGCAUUGAUGAAGGAGUCGUGCACACACUGAGAGAUCGUUAUGUACCCCGUUCCACUGAUGUUGUUUUCAUCAUGGAGGCUAAAGAAUGCAAUCAAUACAUGAGAGCGAAACGCUUAGUUUCUACAUUUGUAACUAUUCUUACAAAGGAAUUGGCCUCUGUUAAACUGCUAAACAACAGAUUUGCUGUUAUCACUUAUGGAGGAGAUGGAGUUUUUGAUAAACCAAGGAGUGUACUAGUGAACAAUAACAUUUUCACAAAUGAGAAAAUGAUCCCAAAAUUUUUCGAAAGGAUAAAGUCAGGUAAUGGCAACACAGACAUAUUUGGAGCGUUGAAAUAUGCGACGAUGCUCCAGUUCAGGCCAGGAGUGUCAAAAACAUUUAUACUGAUCCCUUGUUCAGGCUGUGAUCUUUCAAAUAUGACAGUGGAAUAUGGUGUUCUGAGUCAGGAAUUUAUAGAAAAAAACAUCACAUUGCAUGUUCUAAUGAAUACAGAUUUUAACUUCCAAAAGUUUGGCAUCAGCAAAAUAUUUUAUGGUCUUGAUUCAGAAAGAGCAUACACAAAAACUGAUUAUCAAGGUGAUAUGGAGUUAAGAAGCCAAAUAAAACUUACAAAAUCAAUGAUGGGCUAUUGCACACCAUUAGCACUGGAAACAAAUGGUACAAUAUUUACUGGAAAAAGGAUGGGAAGUGAAAAUCUUACAUUGGUGAAAAAGUUCUGUAAUGCUUUUGCAAGGCGUAUCGCCUCGUCUGCCCAUCCCGACCCGUGUCAAAACUGUGAAUGCGGAGCCGAUGAAAACGGAAUCGAAAUUGUCGAAUGUUCUCCUUGUUCUGUCCCUAUACCUGCUUAUUCGGACUUUUACUUCAAGGAUAACGGAACAUCUUUCUUACAGCAAGCGUUUGAACAAUUUGGAGCCGAUAGCAAUUUUAAUUAAUUUCUUAUAUCUGUAAAUAGAAUACAAACAAUAUUGCAUGAUGAUAUUAUUUGAUUAAAAUAUCGCUAUUAUGUUAUGAAUUUAUUUAUUUAAUUUACACAAUAAUUUUUUGCUAGCAGUU